AUGGCGAUAGAUAAAGACAUUCAAGAGUUAUUGGUAAUAGGAGAUUCAGAUUUACUGAUUUAUCAGAACGAAUUUGCUGACGCUCUUGAUACUAUCUCCUCAAUGAUCAAACAUCCAGAUACAAGUUAUAUUGAUCCUGUGGAGAUAUAUUUGAAAGAACAACCCGCUCACUGUUCGCAUGUCAAAGCAGAACCAGAUGGGAGACCUUGGUAUUUUGACAUAAAAAGGUAUCUAGAAACAGGAACUUAUCCAGAUAAUACGACUUUCAAUCAGAAGAAAGCAAUACGUCGAAUGGCUAACAAUUUCUUUCCAAGUAGAGAAACCCUUUAUAGGAGAACUCCAGAUAUGGUACUUCUCAAAUGUGUCGAUUCUAUUGAAGCUACGAAGCUGUAA